AUGCUGAAAUGGUCUGGCGACUAUUCCCUUCCUCGUCUUCGAGCAAAACUUGCAACCACUGGAGCUGGCACUGAGCAGACAGAGCCCGACUAUGCAGAAGUGUACCGUCCGGAUUUGGGGCAGAGCACCAUACUGCGGAAGGAAUCGCCGGAGUUUUUUGCGGCUGUUGCUGAGACCGGUGGAUUCGAAGCCUUUGCCCGCAGUAGCGGGUGCCGUGUUCUCAGGAAGGGUGCGUCCCGCUCGUUCGUCAAGACAGGCAGUUUGGCUGGAAGGACUUCGCUCAGCCAGUCCACCAGCAAGAUGAGCGGCUUCGAAGAUCUCAGUCAGACGUCCAUGAUGCGGACGAGAUCAGUUCCAACUUUGGGAUCUCGCAUGGUCGAGAAAUGGCCAGCAGCAGUGCAACCGCUGCCUCCUACCUGGCAUGUUUCUUCGACCUCUAGUUUGCCUGGCCUUGCAAAAUCAAGUUCGAAGGGUUCCCUUGGCUCGAAAACGGUAGCUGCCUCGGCUUCAUCCGAUGACCCGAAAGAAAAACAGAUCGAAGCAGCCUGCAGAAAGCUUUGGACGGCUGUGCAUGGCAGCGAGAAAUACAUCAAGGAUGAGAUCAAAAGGCUGCAGAAAGAAGAGCCUGGAGCAACUAAUCAGGCAUUUCUUGCCAAGCUUAACAAGGCCGAUAGUAGCUUUCCAUCUGUCAAGAAGGCUCUCAAGACAGGAGCUAAAAUCGAUUGGAGAAACCCUGAGUGGGAUGGAGCAACGCUUUUGCUCCGCGCAGCACGCACCGGCUCACUGGAGCUUGCAAUGUUCUGCUUAUCGCAGCAAGCCAACAUCGCUGAGAAAGAUAACUCUGGAAGGGGCGUCUUGCACUGGGCAGCUUUAUCCGGCAACAAUUUCCUGAUGCACUACUUCCUGACGGAAUAUCGAGAACAACUCAACGUUGUCCAGGAAGAUGGCAAGCAAAAUCCAAGCGAGAUAUCGCUUCUCGCAGUGGUGGUGACAGUCCGCUCCAUCUUGGAGCAUACGCUGGUCAUCUUGGCGCAAGGGAUUGCCACCGGGGAGGGCGCCGGGCAAAGGCCCCUUUUCUGGCAGACUGUGGGCAAUGUCCCAGACGAAAGCAUUUGGAGCAGGAUUUGCAAGCCUGUGCCAUUCGACGCCGCGUUGCUGGAGCGUCGCUUUGCUCUGACCGAGACCAGAGCAGCGAUCACUCGCAAAGGAGCGUCAGGCAAUCCGAGCGGUGAUGAAGCCCGAAGAAAGGUUCGAGUGCUGGAUGACAGGACUUCCCAACUACUUGCCAUCGCCUUCAACAAGUUACCUCCAGCUGAGCACUUCGCCCAAACUGUGGAGAGCCUUGAUGCUUUUCCGGAGGGUCUACCGCCAGAGGCACUGAUAGCUCUCCACGCGGCAUCGGUCGACCAGAAAGAAGCAGUUGAGCAGCUUCGGCACAUGGACAUUCCUGAGUCGGACAUUCUGCAGCUUGAUGUGCCGGAGAGAUAUUUGUGGGUCUUGGCCAACCGACCUUUGUGUACGGCAAAAGUGGCAUGCGGUGCCUUGAUGUUUGGUUUGGCACCUGAGCUGCCAGAACUAGGCUUGGCAUGCGAACGUGUGAUCACGGCCUGCACGGCCCUGAGGACGUCUGAGCUGAUUUGCCAAUGUAUCAGCACAUGCCUAGCAGUGGGCAAUGCCAUGAACCGUGGGACGGCUCGCGAUGGUGCAAGGGCAGUGGUACUACCAGAUGGACUGCUGAAGCUAGAGGAACUCCGGGGAAACAACGAAGCAGAUGGAGUAUCAGGGCAAUCGCUGUUGGAUUUCGUAGCCGAAGCCAUUGUGCUUGAGGCUGUAUGUCAGUCCAACACCAGGGAGCAGCAAGCGCAGCUUCGCACCGAGACAUGGAACCUGCGUGAAAGUGUGCGUGCGGCCCAGGGUGUAUGCAUCCAAGAGGCGGAGACAAACUGUCAGCGAGUUUGUCUUGCGGCGUCUCGUGCUCACUUCGGCUUAGCCCCGUAUUUGCCGGAGCCAUCCGUGGGAAGCAUUGCCGUCAAAGUCUCUAGCAUAUGCGAGGAAGCACAGACAACUUCCCAGCGCAUAGCUGCAGCCAAGGAAGAUUUGAAAUCUACCAUGUGUUGGCUCAGCGCAAAGCCAAGCACCAGUCCCUCUGAGUGGCUUGGCAAUUGGGUGCAAUUCCUCGAUCAGCUCACCAGCGCGAUAGAGCGUGUGCAGCUGCCUGAAAGCCUUCCUCAGCAUUUCAGGGCAGAAGACCAAAGUCGUCAGCUGCAGGUCGUUCGUCUUCUUCUUGGAGCGGAUGCAAAGGAAACCCCCAAUGCUGGUGGGUUCACUCCAACGCAGCUAGCGGAGGCAAAGCGUAUGUGGCAUGUUGUGCGACACCUCCGCGAGAAUCAGAACGAUGAUGUGGUGAAGGAACGGCUGGGCCACAUUAUGAGAUACAACAAGACGGAAGAGGCAGAGGAG